UACGUGUUGGUGGGUGUUGGCUCUUACUGCCCUGCUUUGACUAGUGAGUGGUGGGGACAGUCUCACAGAGAGGGCACUGAAACUGUCCCCCAGGUCCUUGAUUCUGUGUCUCCUGUUCUAUCUUCUCACCCUCCAGGAGCCCCCCUGGAUCCCACCUUCCUCUUCCAGUGUAUCACUUCUAACAUCAUCUGCUCGAUUGUCUUUGGAGAACGCUUUGACUACAAAGACCAACAGUUCCUGCGGCUGCUGGACAUGUUCUAUCAGUCCUUCUCCCUCAUCAGCUCUUUCUACAGCCAGGUGUUUGAACUCUUCCCUGACAUCCUGAAGCACUUUCCUGGUACCCACAGGCAAAUCUCCAAAAACCUGCAGGAAGUCCUCGACUACAUUAGCCAUAGUGUGGAGAAACACCGGGCCACCUUGGACCCCAGCGCCCCAAGAGACUUCAUUGAUGUUUACCUUCUGCGCAUGGAGAAAGAGAAAUCCAACCAACAGACAGAGUUUCACCACAAAAACCUCACCAUCUCCCUGCUUUCUCUCUUCUUUGCUGGCACUGAGACCAGCAGCACCACACUCCGCUACGGUUUCCUGAUCUUGCUCAAAUAUCCCCAUGUGGCAGAGAAAGUCCAAAAGGAGAUCGAACAGGUGAUUGGUUUACACCGCCUACCAACCCUUGAUGACCGCAUCAAAAUGCCAUACACUGAGGCAGUCAUCCAUGAAAUUCAGAGAUUUUCAGAUCUUCUCCCGAUUGGUGUGCCACACAAAGUCACCAAGGACACUCUAUUCCGGGGGUUUCUGCUCCCCAAGAACACUGAAGUAUACCCCCUCCUAAGCUCAGCUCUCAAUGACCCACGUCACUUUGAAAAACCAGACACCUUCAACCCUGACCACUUUCUGGAUGCCAAUGGGGCACUGAAGAAAAAUGAAGCUUUUAUGCCUUUCUCCACAGGGAAGCGCAUUUGUCUUGGCGAAGGCAUUGCCCGCAAUGAACUGUUCCUCUUCUUCACCACCAUCCUCCAGAACUUCUCCGUGGCCAGCCCCGUGGCUCCAAAGGACAUUGACCUCACUCCCAAGGAGAGUGGAGUGGGCAGAGUACCCCCAACAUACCAGAUCAGCUUCCUGCCCCGCUGAAUGAGCAGAAGGAAGUGGGUCUGUGGCUUCUGGAAGUGUUUCAGUUCUGUGGAGAAUGGCCCCAUCUUCCCACCCCAGAGAAACCUCAAACCCAGGCCCUAGGCUGCUGCUCAUGUCCUCCCAUCACACUGCUGCUCCUCCAAGCUCCUCUCCCAUAUUGAUAGAACCAGAGAAAACAACCAUGUGCCUGUGUUGGUGGUGACAGAGAUCCUGGAGGCCACAAUACCUGAUGAACCACUUCUCUCUUGCUUGUAGCAACCACAGUUCCCAUCUAUCAGCUCCCUGUGCUCCAUGGUCUGUGCUAGGGGACUCUGCAUAUGGUCUAAAGUCUGUGUCGAUGGAUGAGCCUCAUUUGUAUGUUUUUAUAUAAAUGGGGUAACACAGUAUGUAAUCUUUUAUGUCUGGUGUCUUUUACUUCAUAUAUAUUUUCGAGGUUUCUCAUGUUGCAGACCAUAGACACACACCAUCAAAGGCCUCUGUUUCUUAUCAUCAUCAACCUGCAUCUUCUCGGUAAGCCAGAGCCCCCCCCAUCCUAUGUCCCCUGAGCUGUAUGAGCCAACAGAGCUACCUUGGAUGCCCUUCUGUUUCUCUUUAAAUCUCCCAAAUAUCACACAAUCACUCAAACCCUGACCUCCCUGGUCAACAGAGGAUUCAUGCCAUUUUUGCAUGUUACCUAUUGGUUGUCAUUCCUGGGGAUCUUCCUAGAAGGACUUUUAGUAAGAACCUUCCUUUACGUCAAUGCCAGCUUUGUGUAGGGCCACCCUGUUGUCUUCUUCACUGCUGUAUUGUGAGCACCUGGAGUAGCAGGUGGCCUAUACCGGGUGUUCAGAAUGUUUGCUGAGGAAUAAUAAACAAAUAAAUAAAUAAAUGACCAAACCAGCUA